AUGGAAAUAGAAACCACAUUAAAUAUCUGUAAUUUUUUUUCUACUGAUUGCAAGGGAAUAAUUAGAACAAUUACCAAGAAUACAAAUGUUCCAGUAACAAAAAAAGAAAUUAUUUUAGUUGGCAUGAAGCUAUGCCAAACUCAUUCUAACAAAUUUAUUGUGAAUAAAACUCGUAAUCUUGAAUAUAAUAAAUCUUGUUCUCAUUUAAAACAUGAUAUUUACAAAACACAAUCAAAAAAUGCAAAUAUAAAGUCAAAAAAACUUAAUCUUAAAAAAGUUCUAAAGAGAUUAAUUGAAGUAUUAGAAUUAGAUGAAUUUGCAGAAAUUUGUAGUAUAUGUAAAAAAAAAACUAAUAAAAAUCCCGAGUAUUUACAAACUGAAGAAUAUAAAGCACCAAUUCCAAAGAAAAAAGCAAAUUGA